AUGGAAGACCAGCCUAAGACUGGCAAGUGUGUUCAGGCGCAAGUUUGGCCAAAACUCAAGGAGUUGAUGAGAUCUCUUGAAGCCGUGCGAAAGCGUUGGGCCAAUUUGACCGCCAGAAGCCGUGGUCAGACAGGACAGACCAGACAUGACCAGACAGAGCAACAAAGGAUCACGGUCCAACGGUCCACGGAUGACGUUGAAGACGUCGAGUUUCAGCUGGAACUCCCCUCAAGCACCGUUCUGCACCGUUGCGCCUUCCCGCUGUUGCGCCUUGGCAAUGCCCGUGAAAAGCUGGAAGAUGCCAAGGGCAUUGCUGUCAUCUCGUUCAACAAGGAGCCGGUGAACAGUAUGAAUCUGGACUUCUGGAAAGCCUUGAAAUCCACCUUUGAGGCAGCUGAGGCGGACAAGACGAUCCGCGGCGUGGUCUUCCAGUCGACCCUGAAGAAGAACAUCUUCACUGCAGGCCUCGACAUCAAUGAGUUGUACGCGCCAUCCACCAGCGAGGAGAGGUUGAAGGACUUCUGGACCACCUUGACUCAGACCCUCACCAGCAUCUACCGGAGCCGCUUGGCGACCGUAGCGGCCAUCAACGGCGCCUGCCCGGCCGGCGGCUGUGCGCUGGCCAUGUGCUGUGAUUGGCGUAUAAUCACCUGGGAAGGCUCCAUGGGGUUGAACGAGGUGGCGCUUGGCAUCCCGGUCCCAAGAAAUUGGUGCGAGUUAAUGAUGAAGAUCACGGGUCAACACCCUGCGGAGGAUCUGCUGCUCUCUGCCUCCAUGCCACAGUCCACGGACCUCCGGCAGAUCGGAUUGGUGGACGACAUCGUGGAGAAGCCCGAGGAGCUUCUGCCCAUGGCCCUGGAGCGGCUGAAGAAGUGGCUGAAGUUUCCUCCUCAGGGAUUUUCCAUCACCAAGAGGCACUUGAGAGAUGAGUUCGCCAAGCGCUGGGUGGGCGGCAUCAAGGAGGAGGCGGAAGAGGUGUGGCGCGCGGUCAGCGACCCACGGAGCGUCAAAGCGCUGGACGUGGUUAUCAAGAGGCUUCAUGGGGCGCACGCCAAGCUUUGA